CCCAGUUUUCUAAUGAAAUUAUGAGUUUCGGAGAGUCUUCAAGAAUUUUCACAAAGAAUCGGUGUUAGAAACAGUGGACGGUUUACCCCCGUCUAUCGUCUUUCGACUUUGAUGGUUGACUCUGACUUUCGCCUCUCACAAACCGUCAACCGCUAUUUUAGACAAACAAGCCGGCGUAUUUUGAAAGUCAUCCUUGACUAGACUCUCAGCGUUCUUUUACUGACAGCCACAUGAAAUAACAAACAAGCAGGCAAGGGGAUAGGCAUAACAUAAUGAGGGCAACCUUUGUAGGCAGUGUUGAAGUGUACGAAGACCGCCAAUCGUACUUCCUAUUUCACGAUGUCCUGCGCACGGAGUCACUUCGAGACGGUAAAAAGUACAAAAAUCACUUUAAAGUACAUUUUAAUCCAUUUUGGUUGAAUUGCUGUCUAUCUUUCUCAUCGAAAGGUGGAGCAUUUUUAAGAUGAUAAUAGAUGGAUUCUUCAAUCACAGAUUUUGAGAACUUUAGGAACAUGUUUGACUGGCACCAUAUAUAUUCAAGCCAACUUUUCCCAAAAGGCAUCGUGCGUUCAGAUUGUUAGUACUUUGCUUGCAUUGAACCCUGAUUUGUUUGUUAAUAAGUGCUAAAUACAUAUGAAUUAUCCUCCUGUCUGAGAGAGUUGAGCACGCGAUUUUCGCAAAAGAAGUUGCUAGGCAACAAUGGAGACAUCGUGGAGCCGAGCUGACGGGGUCAUUACAUCGAACUACGUGAGUAGUAAAGCCAAUUUUAAAGUGGAAAUUCGCUGAUAACGUAACGUGGGGCAAAUUGAAAUCGAAGAGCCAAGAGGAGUUGAUUUUUUUCAGCUAAUUUUACCUUUCACGUAUCGCUUAAAAAUCACUCUUUGUUUACUCUUAUCUGAUGGUAUUAGUCGAGGAGUUGAUGCCCCGGGGUUGAUGCUCACAAGCAUCUAAUUAAACAUCGGCAGUUUGAUGGCCACAGAUCGAAAAUUAUCGCUAGGAAACUUGUAAAGCAAGUCUAAAAUAAAACUAUGACUUUCCACGAAUUCUCCAACUUGUUUUUUUUUCAAUAAUCUGUCCUCUCGCGUUUUCUACGGAGUCGUUUGCUUUAUUUGACACGUGAGUUAGUUGGUUUUAACUAAACUCUAAUCUUGUUAUCCACCGCCGCAAAUAAUUUCAUGCUGUUUAUUGCUCAAAGGAAGUGCGUGUAAGACAAAGUUAAGUACAUCAAGACAAAGCAAGUACAGGGAAGACAAAAGGCUAUUGUGUUCGAAUAAUAGCUCGUGCGUAUUGUAAGGGUUUUAGAGGAGCUCUCAAAUAAGAUUGAAUGCUAAUUCACUCUUGAUUCGUGCUAACAGGCUAGCAUUACUGUCAAGACUCUAUUGUAACCAAAAUCCGCCUUUACGUAAGUGCUUUGCAAUUGGAUUCUAUAAAAGUUUUUCACAAUGGAAGUAAUCCUCAAAGGAGUUAGGCCCAUUAGCUUCAAGUAUUCCAGGACUGCGCGAGGAGAAAUCAAACUUGGCCAUGUUGUUGGACGCCGUGUCAAGAGGUAGAAUCUACCAAGUGAACUUCUUACUUGAGUCAAGUUAUGAGGAUGUGAACAAGGUGGACGAAAACAGACAGACUCCUCUGAUGAAAGCGAUUUUUCUUCCCGACAAAAUGCACCGAACUCGCUACAAAAUCGUCAAGAUUUUACUCGAACACGGAGCGCACGUCAAUGUUGUUGAUCGCGAGGGGAAGACAGCCCUCAUGUGGGCAUGUAUUCGCGGACAGGAAAAUGUCAUCCGAAAAAUCCUGGACUCUUCUCUUUUGGAUCUUGAUUUGAACAAGGGAGACAAAUUCGGCAACACGGCGCUAUUCUACGCCGCCUCCAGCGGCCAAGUAAAUACUGUGAAGAUGCUUGUUACAGCGUUAAAGCGAUUUGGAUUGGAUAUCGAUAAAAAGAAUGCGCAGGGAAUGACUCCGAUUCUACAAGCUACUAAACAGGGGCACGAUGCGUGCGCUCAAGUCCUCAUGACCGAAGGAAAAGCUUCUCUUACGAUCAGAGACCCCGAAACUUUUCUCAACACUAAAGAAUGGGCUGAAAAGCGUUCUUUGACCAAUUUGUCAGAGCUGAUUGCGCGGAGGAGCCCGUCUCCACAACUCGCUGUUCAAAACGUUGAAAACGAUUCAGAGCCAGAUGGACAAACACCAAGACCGGCUUCAGAUUUAGCAAAUAAGAAUAUUCAGAACAACUUUGUUCAAGAAAACAGGGCUAAUGAGAUGGCACCUUCACUGCAACAAAGAAGACACUCAAUUGACAAAAAGAUUAGAAGGACAAGCGAGACAUCCUUGCCUACGUCACCUCAGUGUCAGGAGAACACGUUGCCAUCAGAAACCAAAAAAGCGGGGUCGGUUUCCCCCAGAAGUAUCACUACUACUGUGUCUUUGACAAGGAGGAAAACUGAGCAGAUGGCGAAAAUUAAAGGCGGAGCGGUUCCUCUCACUGCAAAAUCAGAAAUGUGUAGACUUCUCAGCCUGUAUGGUAUUCAACAUUCAGAGUCGUACAGACAUAGUUUUGAUCCAAUUCUGUUACCACCAAGUGGGUACUGGCCCGAUCCACUGGCUCAUCUCAGAGACAAUGCGUCGUCAGUCACAGAUGACCAAGAACUCGAGAUGAACUUGUUAGACCUUCUUAGACCACGCGGCUCGGGUCGUCGGAGGUCUUCGGCUUUUCCCGGAGCUCCCGAAAUGGGUCGCAGAGGUAGCAACGUCAGUUUUCGUGAUGGUCGACGGGGAUCGACGAUGCUCGGACUUGGUCCGGGAAUGGGAAAGAGAGGCUCUAUUUCUCCAACAAUGCUGGGAAACAAAAACUUUCUUGAAGCUCCUGGCUUGUCGUCGCGAAGAACGACUUUGAGUGCGAACGCAACGCGAGGAACCACUUCUCUACUGAGUCCUUUCGACAGAAGACGAUCGUUAAUGCCCAGGGGCUCUGAGCAGACUAGACCCACUCUCCCUCGGAGGACAACCACGCACUUAGUACCGAGUUUAGGACACAUUGUGGAGACGCCUUGAAAGACUUGAAAUAGUUAGGAUAAGAACACUCUCUGAUAGAAGAACACCGAGUGAAUUAACUCAUUUUAAAUCAAUGCGUACAAAUGCAAUAAAUCAAAAGAAAACCCUUGGGGUAUAAUGGCAACACUGAUCUUUCCAAACCGUCACUGUAAAUACCCACACUUUUGACACAGAAAAAUAAAAAAAAUUGCUGUUGCAAAAACCAAAACCAUUGCCUAAGAUCGUAAUUUGUCACGUUUUGAAACGAGAUUGUUUUCGAUGUACAAUAUUGACCUAAAUACGGGUUUACCCCAUGUACGGUUAGCUGGUCUUAGUACGGCGGUACCAACUGCUGUACAGGUCAGGGCACUGAAGGAAAGAACGGGGGGAAGUAGUAAUUUAUCCUGAUAAAUUCAAGAAUCACUUUAAUUUUACUUGUCACGCACCCGUUUUUGCUUUCAUCACACGCCUGUUUGCUAACAUCACAUGUACAGAUUCUCCCAACUGUUUGGAUUGCUUCAAAACGACAUAUCAGUGGCUUGUCUAAAGCCAGAAUAUUUAUGGAUUACUGACCAAGCGUGAGGUCAAGAUAGUGAAUAUUGGCCAAGUUCUUUUUUGCAUGUUUAUGGACCGAGGCAAAAUCGAGGUCCAUAAACAUGCCAAAAAACGUGGACUUUACCUUACCUACUUAUGUGCCUACCCCCCUUACCACCUUUUCAUAGAGCUAUCGUGUUGCUAACGGAAAAAAAGAAAAAAAAUCUGAUUAUUAACCCACCCCCAUUCAACUUUAUUAAGUCCAAGAAAUAUUGUACUUCAAAUAACAUGUGUUCCAUGAGCAUAUUUUUCAAGAGCUCUCUCACCUAGAUAGUCACAUCAAAUGACCGCCAAGAUUGAAUGGCUUAAUAAGUAACAAAGCAAAAAAAAAAAUAAAUAAAUAAAUAAUAAAAUAACCACAGGCACCUUCUUGUGAUCAAUCACUUUUAUUUUAACAAUUAAUUACUAUUAAAAUGGUACAAUAUUUAACAGGCCUCUUGCACCAGAACAUAUCAGCUUCUUGUACACAAACAAAACCAAUACAGUUGAUAGUUGUGUCAAAGUGCAUCACCAUUUACAAACAGUCAAAUCCAAAAAGAAAUAAACCAGUCGCACAAACAAGCAAAA